AUGGUUUUUAACAAAAUAACUUUUAAGAUUUCCAACGACAAGUGCAUUGCUCUGAAUUAUUUUAUACAUAAUAACGAUAAAAUAAAAUCUGCCUUUGUAUCAAGACUUAUCAUUUUAAGUGUGGUUUUUGCUGAAACAUAUGCGUAUGACGCAGAUGCCAUUGUACAAGCAGCAUAUGCAGCCAGUUCCACUGGUGGGUUUGUAUCUGCCAUCAGAAGGACAUGCGGUGGGACACAGGCUACAUGUGAUGCAAUUUGUGGCAGUGCCAUCAGCGGCAUGAGAGAUAUCUAUGGAAAUCAAGGAUCUACUACGGGGACUUGUUUCGAAGCAUUCCACUUCUACUACAAACAUGCUACUUUAACACCGGAAGAAAAGGGGAAGGCACUCAUGGCCAUGCAUAGAUACGGUGUAAGUGGAUGUCAGUCUACCGGCUGCGGCCCAAACUUCUGCUGUUGUAAAGCGUGAAUUGAUCACAAAAUAAAACGAU